AAAUUCAUCGAAUCGAGCUGUUUAAAAAGCAGAAGAAAGAGAUGGCGAUGCUGGAUCGCUCUUUCUCUCUUUCCCCCUCCCCUUUCUCAUCGUCUCCAGCUUCUCUUCGAAUCCCUAGCGAUCUCCCGAUCUCAAAAAUGGGCGACGCAUGUUGUUCCACCCAGCUCAUUGAUGGGGAUGGUGUGUUCAAUGUGAGUGGUCUUGAUAACUUCAUGAAGACUGUGCAAUUGGCUGAAUGUGGACUUUCUUAUGCAGUGGUUGCUAUAAUGGGCCCACAAAGUAGUGGGAAGAGCACUCUGUUGAAUCAUCUGUUCCGCACCAACUUCAGAGAGAUGGAUGCAUUUAGGGGGAGGUCUCAAACUACUAAAGGCAUUUGGUUGGCAAGGUGUGUUGAUAUUGAGCCUUGUACGAUUGUAAUGGACUUGGAGGGCUCUGAUGGAAGAGAGCGAGGAGAGGAUGAUACUGCAUUUGAGAAGCAGAGUGCUCUUUUUGCUCUAGCCGUUUCUGAUAUAGUUCUGAUAAAUAUGUGGUGUCAUGAUAUUGGGCGAGAGCAAGCUGCAAACAAGCCUCUUUUAAAGACGGUAUUUCAGGUCAUGAUGCGAUUGUUCAGCCCUCGCAAAACAACUUUACUUUUUGUCAUACGUGAUAAAACUAGGACACCUUUGGAAAAUUUAGAACCUAUUCUGAGGGAGGAUAUUCAAAAGAUAUGGGAUUCUGUUCCCAAACCACAGGCUCACAAAGAAACUCCUCUUAGCGAGUUUUUUAAUGUAGAAGUUGUGGCUCUUUCAAGUUAUGAAGAGAAAGAAGAGCAAUUCAAGGAGCAGGUUGCGAGUCUGAGGCAAAGAUUCUUUCACUCUAUUGCUCCUGGUGGACUUGCUGGAGACCGCCGGGGUGUUGUUCCUGCUUCAGGAUUUUCUUUUAGUUCUCAGCAGAUUUGGAAAGUUAUUAAGGAAAACAAGGAUCUUGAUUUACCUGCACACAAGGUUAUGGUAGCCACUGUACGCUGUGAAGAAAUUGCUAACGAAAAGUAUGCUUCUUUCUGUGCUGAUGAGGACUGGUGCCAGCUUGAAGAGGCUGUACAAACAGGUAUUGUACCUGGUUUUGGAAAGAAGCUUAGCACACUAUUGGACAAAGCAUUGUCUGGUUAUGACAUGGAAGCUAUUUAUUUUGAUGAUGGUGUCAAAACUGCAAAGAGGAAACAACUGGAAUCAAAGCUCCUCCAGCUGGUCCAUCCUGUUUAUCAAUCCAUGUUGGGUCACAUAAGAUCCAAAGUAUUAGAUGAAUCUAAGGCAGCAUUGACUAAGUCCCUGGAGGGAGGAGAAGGCUUUGCUGUUGCUGCUCGUGAUUGCGCACAAUCUUACAUGUCAGCAUUUGAUGAGGGCUGCAAAGAUGCAACUAUUCAACAAGCGAACUGGGACUCAUCUAAAGUACGGGAUAAGCUACGCCGCGAUAUUGAUGCACACAUUUCUUCAGUUCGUGCUGCAAAACUUUCUGAAUUGACUACCUAUUAUGAGGCGCAACUUAAUAAAGCACUUGUGGAGCCUGUAGAGGCUCUUCUUGAUGCAGCUAGUGAUGACACAUGGCCGGCGAUAAGAAGACUCCUCCAACGGGAGACUAAGUCAGCUGUAUCCGGUCUGUCUUCUGCGCUUACUGCAUUUGAUAUUGACCAGGUAACAAUGGAGAAAAUGCUGGCAAAAUUAGAAGACUAUGCCCGAAGCGUUGUUGAAUCCAAGGCAAAGGAAGAAUCUGGGAGGAUCUUGAUCAGAAUGAAAGACAGAUUCUCAACGUUAUUCAGCCGUGAUUCUGAUUCAAUGCCAAGAGUUUGGACAGGGAAGGAAGAUAUCAGAGCAAUCACGAAAACUGCUCGAUCCGCGUCAUUAAAAUUGUUAUCUGUAAUGGCCGCAGUUCGUUUGGAUGAGAGUAAUGAUAAAAUUGAGAAUACCCUUUCAUUGGCUCUGGUGGAUUCAGGCAAAACUGCUGGUACAAGCAAGAGUAUCCAAUCAGCUGAUCCGCUGGCUUCAAGCUCGUGGGAAGAGGUUCCUCCAGAGAAAACACUGAUUACACCUGUCCAGUGCAAGUCAUUGUGGAGGCAGUUCAAUUCUGAAACCGACUACACUGUCACUCAAGCCAUUGCUGCUCAGGAAGCCAACAAGCGAAACAACAAUUGGUUACCUCCUCCAUGGACAAUCGCUGUCAUCCUAGUGUUAGGAUUCAAUGAAUUUAUGACCCUUCUAAGGAAUCCUCUUUACCUUGGUUUUAUUUUCGUUGCGUACCUCCUGGGGAAAGCUCUCUGGGUCCAGCUAGACAUUGCAGGCGAAUUCCGUAAUGGUGCUCUCCCUGGGAUACUUUCCUUGUCAACCAAAUUUCUUCCUACGGUUAUGAACCUUCUCAAGAAACUAGCAGACCAGGGGCACAUACCUGCAGCUCCAGAAACCCGAAGAAACCCUGAACUCGAUUCUAGAAGCUUCCGGAAUGGAAUAAAUAACGAUUCAACAUCUGACGCAGCAUCGUCUAAUAUAACAUCAUCAGAGAGUGGGGCUGAGUACACAAGCCCGAUGAAGCAGGAGUGAUGAUUAUAGCAACUAGAAUACUUCAUUUGUUGUGCUUUAAUUAUUUUGCGCGAGUUGCAGGAGUGCAUUGUUUUUUUUUGAAUGUCAAGUCUCUUGCUCUAAUAGCUGGGACCGAAAGAUGGAGAUUUGUGUAGAUCGAGUGUAGUUGUAUGUGUAUUGUUAUACUUUUGAAUGGGAAGCGGUCUACAUUUUUGGAGUGGGGGUGGUGGGGAUCUCUGGUGAGGAAAUGGGCACCAUAAAAUUAUAUUUUAAUCUUUUAUUUGAACUUUGAUACAACUCGGUGUAUAAGGAUCUCGCUUCAUUAUUGUUUCAGUGUUCCCACUUUGUUGUAUACAACUACUAUCAUCAUUUUAAAUGUUGAUGCUAGAACUUGGGAGACGUGCAUUUGAUGUAGAACAGAAUAUGGCUGUAGCAAUAAUUUAACGAGUAAUUAAUUUUCA